CCUGCAAUCGCUCACCCGAUCCUGCAUAUGCACGGCAUACUCAAUCGAGCAAUACUCAUCAAGAUCACACAGGAACUGUACCGAUCGCCUUGUCGUGAUUACGACGGCGAGAAGCACACGCAGUCCGCUCAGGCGCCAGCAGAAUGUCUCACCGCAUUGCCUGUAGAAUGCGAUGCGAGAGUAGGGCUAAUGAUGGCACAACCCUCAUUCCAUUCCGCGUUCCGGAUCGAAGGUGUUCAGAGAAUCGCCGCCUUGCCUCAGGGAGCUUUUCCAAGCUACUGCAUGCUCAAGGGCCUCGUUUCGUCUCGUCAGCAAAUGGAAACACUGAACACCGACCCCGCUCGCGAAUAG